CUCUUCUCUUCUACCGCUUCUUCACUUUCCUCCUUCGCGCCUUCCUCAUUUUCCUUUUGUCUCCGCCUUCUUCACUUUCUGUUUCUCACUCUCAUUAUUUGUUCUUUCUCUCACUCUCUAAUGGGUCAUAAGUUUUAUCGCUGAUUUGCACUUCCGUUGGUUGAGCAAUCUCUCACUCUCUCUUGUGGGUUCGUCGGGCACGGCCGGAGGCGCAAGCAAGUCUACAGAAGGAGCCCCAUAGCUUGCCAUCACCGAGUUCCUUGCCUUAAACGAUCGAUCAAGGGGCUCACCUUUCUUAAAGCAAAGCGCAUCCUAAUAUCAGCGGUGAUAGAUAAAAUCAAAAAAGUGGAUUCUUGAGCUAAAAUUUAAAGAAAAUUUAGAGAGCUCACUAAGAAUGCUCUUUAGUGCGCAAAGCAAAGAUCCAAGCCAAGGCAACCAUGCCUAGCAGAAAGAAAGCUUCAAAAAACCACGUAGAUGUCUCAAAAGCAAGUUCUGUUCCCCCUCAAGAGCAAGAUUUCUACGAAGGGGAACGUCUUGCUCGUCUGCUCAAAUUGAUUCACAAGGAGAUAGAGUCAGCAAGACUCUUGGAUGGAAACUCCUUACCUGAAAAGCUAUGGUUGAAGCAACGGUUCUCAAUUGGAGUCAACGAUGUCACUCGCGUCCUUGAACGCAUGGCACCGUGUGCUCAAGUGGGAAGCUCUACUCAGCCCCAUUCAAUCAGCACCAAUCUUAAAGUGCCUUCAGUUCAGCUUCAGGCUGUACUGUUAGCUUCUGAUUGCAACCCUCGGUGGCUGACAAAGCAUCUUCCAAGCUUGGCAUCAUCAAGGAGGGUUCCACUAAUUUUUGUCAAAGACAAGAAGGGAGGUUCUUUAAGGUUAGGUGAACUUGUUAGACUCAAGACAGCAAUUGCUAUUGGAGUAAAGGCUAAAGGAAAUGCCAUUAAUCAGCUUUUGGAGAAAAUUCUUGAUGGUGAUGAGAUAAAUCGUGGAACCAAUUGCCUGAACACAAAUGCAAUGCCCGAUGCACCAUGUCAGUGAGAUGUAAGAUUGACAGACAUGAUACAAGUAAUAUGAAGCCAUGGCAGAGGAAGGGAGAGCCGUUAGUUAGAAUUAGCUACUUGAAACAAACUCACAAAUUUUGUUCGCCAUGUGAGUUUAUAGUUUCUUUCGAGACUAUAAAGAUCUUCUCUACAUGCCUCAAGGAUUUCAAGACCCCUUUGGGGCGGAGUCUUUUUUUAUUUUUUUAUUUUUUUUUUCAGUCCUAAGGACGUACUGAAGAUCUUGCAUAUCACCACCUUUCGUGAAAUGCUUUAAAAGCCAAAAAGAUAUUUGAUAUCACUGUUCUAGUAUUGGCUAUCGAUCCAUCAAUGAGACAAUAGUAUGGGUUCAGAUGUUCAGACAUGCAAUUUGGGCAGGAGUUUUGUGCUUGAUGAAUCUCAAAAUUGAUGUUUUUGUAUCGAAGGUUGUUAUAAUACAUGAUAUUUUGCCUCUC